GAAACGGGCUGAUUCUUCUCCGGAGUAAACUUCAAUAGCUGUACCGGUUUGCCUUGUCCUCUGGACACACCGGCUUGGAGGCACGCUGAACGAUGGAAAAGACAACUUGCCCGCCAGCCGAAACUUGCAGCGCGAUGCCGUUUUGGACCAAGCGCUGUAUGAACCCUUCUAAAUGGUGGCCAGAUUCAAUUAGAGCGAGGAUAACAGCUUGCCGGUGGCCUGGAAAUGCCCUUGAGUUACGCUCGGACUGUCGUGCCGCUGUCAUCGCGCCGUGCAGACAGACCCGUCACCGCUCAGCAGCACACUUCCGCACAUACUAUCUGACCCUUUGCCUUACUAGAACAUGACGUCAUCUAAUAGGCGUCCUCGGACAGACCGAUAAGUGUCUCACACCUGCUGACACUAGAGGCGGAUAGUGCGCGAGGACAGCCAUAUGCAAUGUGUGUUACUGCUCGUUCUAUGUGCAAUGUCAUUCUUCCACACAGCGCGCGUCAAAAGGGGCCGUUUUGUUUUGAGCAGCAGGCUUCUCAGACCCCAUAAUGCCCGUUGUUUUUAAUGCCCGCUAGCCCUCCGUUCCUACAAAGGGCUCUUCAAGGGAUAUGGAUACUGCUGCUGCUUUCCGAAGGGCUUGGUGGGGCGCCUAGUCCGGCAGCCGCCACAGCCUCCCAUGACUGCGGGCUGCUACACAGCUUGCCGCAUGGCGCAGGCCCCGGCAGCGUCCCCACGCACUCCUGCCGGGUGCUGCUCAUUGCUGCCAGCUCCAGCAAGGCCCCUGACGCCGGGGCUGCGGCAGCCAGUGGCGGCGGCAGGGCCGGCGGAGCAGACACAGCUGUAGCCCCCGCUGACAGCAGCUUCUCCCUGAACCAGCUCGUAGUGGAAUGCUGGGCUGGCGAUGAAGCACCGGCUUCAUUCAGCUCGGCGGCUGCAGUCGGCGGGGCGAACGCCUCCAAAGCGGUUUCAGCCGGGCACUCGCCGCCGGCGCCCGUCGGGGCUGACGCUCAGCCGCCCGUGCUGCGUGUCCGCCUUGGCCGCACUCUGGCAGCGCUUGUGAAUGCGUCAUUGGGCGGUGGAGCCAGCAUUCAUAGCAGUAGCAGUGGCGUAGACAGCACUGACGGCGCAGGGAGCAGCGGCACAGGGCUGGUGGUACGGCUGUCGGGUGUCGCAUGGGACGUGGCGGAUGCUCGCCCCGGGCUGUCGGCCGUGUUGGCCACCGACGGCUCCACAUUAGACCCCGACGCGGCGUCUUCGGAAGCGGGUUCAGGCAACCAGGGAGCAGAGGACUGGGGCCUGGACCUGUUGCCGCUAGACACGCCCGCGCCGCCACCCGACGCCGGCGACAACGGCGGCGACACGAGUAGCAGUGGCGGUGGCGUGCCCCACCUCCGCCUGGUGGACAGUGCUGUGGCGGGGGUGCCGCUGAGCUCUGUGGCGCCCCUGCUGCAGUGCCUGGGCUGCGCGCGCCGACUCAGCGUCAGCAACCUCACACUCGUGGCGCUGGAGCCGCCGCUUGGUGGGGGCAGCAGCAGCAGCAGCAGCGGCGACGGCGGUGCGGCGGUUGUUGAUGUCGGCUCGCCGCCUGGCAUCGAUAGCGGUACGCCGCCUUCGGGUGGGAUCGGCGGGGACGGCAGCACCUCAGCAGUGGUCGCGUACUAUGGUGCGGCCCGGUUUGCGGGCGCUGGCGGCGUGCAGGGGCUGCAGAGCGCGUUGCUGGAGGGCGUGAGCUGCAGCGGCGUGCGCGGCGCACAGGGCUGGGCUUGCCUGCUUCUGCAGGUUGCGGCAUCUGCAAGCAACAGCAACAAUAGCAGUAGCAGCGGUGCAGGGGUGCUCAUCAGGGGAAGUAGUUUCGCCGAUAGCCGGGUGGUGCCCUCGCCUAGCGAUAGCAGCAGCAGCAGCGCCGGCAGUAGCAGCGGCAGUGGCCAUGGCAGUGCAGCCGGCAUCACGGAUGCACUGCUCAGCUGCAAUGUGGAGGACCCCGCGCCGCGACACGGAUUCGGGGCAGUGGUGGUCGCGUUUGUGGCGCUGCAGCAGCAGGGGGAGGGGGCAGCGCAGGGAGGGGCAGCACAGGAGGUCGUGGUCGAGGGCAGUAGUUUUAUAGGCAACAACGGGGGCUGCGGCGCCGGCCUGGCUGUGAUAGAUGCGGCGGGGGUGCGGCUCCUGCUCAUCAACACCACUGCGGCCCGCAACGUAGCAGCUGGGGACGGAGGCGGGCUGCUCCUCCGCGGCCUGAUCUCAGCCGAGGUAGAGGCCGCAGCCCAGGCGGCCGCCGCAGCCAUGGCUACUGCAUCUGACCUGCAGCCUAUUGUCCACCAGGACGCAGCAGCUGCCCUAACCGCUGCUGCAGCCAAUGCUACAGCCGCGGCUGCUGCUGCCGCCCACGGGGUGGGGCUUGUGCUGGCAUGUGGGUCGGAGCUGGCGGGCAAUGCCGCAGCCACCUCAGGCGGCGGCGCGGCGGUGAGCGGCAUGCUACUUUCCGGGGUGGAGCUGGGAGGCGGCAGCGCGGCCCGACAUAACGUCGCAGGGGAUGCCGGCGGCGCCAUCCACGUCCGUGCCUACUACGCAAUCACCGGCAGCGUCGCCAUCAGCGGCCCCGAUAGCAGCAGCGGCGGCGCGGCGGCGGCGCAGGAGGCUGGUGAUGGCGGUGACGGUGACGGCUGCGGCGGCGCUCAGCUGUGUGGUAAUGCGGCCGGCGGGGCGGGCGGGGCGCUGCGUGUCGAGGCCUGGGCGGGCGGCGUGCAGGACGUGGUGCUGGGCGGCGGCGCCCUGGCGGUGCGGAACAACUCGGCCGGCAGUGCUGGAGGAGCGCUGUCCGUGCUGGUGUACGGGUCGUUGCAGCGCGUCGCCAUCGGUGGCAACAGCAACAACAGGAGUAGCAACAGCAGCGGCAUUGGAAGCAGUAGCAGUACUGCUACUAGCAGUGCGUCUGAAACCACCGGCGCAGCUGAGGCAGUAACGCUGCUUGAAUCGAACACCGUGCUUGACGGGGACGGCGGGGCGGUCCACGUGGCGGUGUUGGGCACCGGCGGCGCCGCUGGACUGCUGCGAGAGCUGGUCGUGGGCGGUGGCGCCGCACUGCAGGGCAAUGUCGCGAAUAACGGGGGCAGUGGCGGCAACGGAGGCGCGAUUGCAGUGGUGCUGGAGGAUGGGGCCGUCGGCGCCGUCAGCCUCGGGGAGGGGGCCGUGAUGGCCGGGAAUCGCGCCGCCGGUGGCAACGGGGGUUUCCUGUACGUCAGCGCUGCCGCGGGCGUUACGAGCGUUACCGUCAGUGGCGGCGCCAGGGUCGUCGGGAACAGGGCGGAGGCGGGUGCCGGCGGCAGUGACAGCGGCAUCGAUGCUGGCGGGGACGGCGGCGGCGUGUACGUGUCUUCGUCAGCAGGCGAUGUGGGCUUGUUCAAUGUGGACGGCGGCGCGAGGCUGGAGGGGAACACGGCCGCUGGGCAGUCCAGUGGCGGCGAGGCUAGCGGCAGCGGUGGCGCAAUCUUUGCCGCAGCUAGCGGCGGCGGCGUGGUCGCCGGCUUCCGGCUGUGCGGCAAUGGCACCGCCGUCCUCGGGAAUAACGCAUCGCUGUCGGGUGGCGGCGUCCAUUUGAUGCAGCGGUCCAACGCCGCCGCCGGUAGUGGCCGCAUCAUAGCGCCGCUGCAGGUCCUGCUGUGCGACUUCGCCGUCGCCGCCAACAACACAGCCUCACCUUCCGCCGCCUCCACCGGCGCCGCCGGGCCCUCCGCCGCCAACGGCGGGUUCAUGUACGCCUUCGCCAACGACCACAACGUCUCCAUCAGCAUCACGAACGGCGCCGCCGUCGCCGGGAACCGCGCAGACACUAGCGGCGGCGGGCUGCACGUGACCGGCGGCAGCAUCGCCGCUGUGGUUGCGUACGACGGCAGCCUCACAAACAACACGGCGGGCGAGGACUCGGGCGGCGGCGCCUACCUCAGCGCCAGGCAGGAUCUGGCGCUGCUGGCGUUGAGGAACGGCGCCGUGGUGGCGGGGAACGUGGCGGGCGGCGGCGGAGCGGGGGGUGGCGUGUACGCGUUCGUGACCGGCACGGGCGGCGUCACAAAGCUGGAGGUGGACUGCGGCUCGCGGCUGGAGGGCAACCGGGCUGGCGGUUCUGGAGGGGGCUUCUUUGUGCAGGCGGCGUCCGGCAGCAUCAAGUCCGUCCGCAUCACCAGCGGCAGUAGCCUGGCGGGCAACGCCGCAGUCGGCGGCGACGGAGCCGGAGACGGAGGCGCGCUGUACCUCCGCUCCGACGGCGGCGACAUCACACAGCUGUCCUUCGACGGCGCCGCCAGCCUGCACGAUAACGCCGCCGUCGCUGGUGCCGGGAUUGCCGCCGUCGCCGCCGGCGGCGCCGUUAGCGUCGACGUCAGCGGCGGCAGCCGCUGGAUGCGCAACACCGCGAGUGGCGGGGAUGGAGGAGCGCUGCAAGUGGUCACGCGGCGUGAUGCGGACCUGGCGGCGGCGGCCGUCAGCCGGGUGCGCAUUGGCGGCGGCGCGGUCGUCAGCGACAACAGCGCCUCCGGCAAUGGCGGCGCCAUCGCGGUCUCGGGCUACGCCGAGCUCUACAUGGGCGGCGGCGCGGCGUUCACGGGCAACACCGCUGGGGGCGACGGCGGACUCGCCGCUGCAGACUCGCUGCCGCCGCUGCUGACUGUGGAGGGCGGGGCGGUGCUGGCUGGCAACAGGGCACUGCGGGGCUCGGGAGGCGCGCUAUCCUUCACUGCGGCCUCCGCGACCCGCGUCGGUGGAGCUGCCGGCAGCAGGUGCGGCGCCUGCGCGCUGUACCAGCCCGCGGCCGGGCGGCGCCUGUCCGACCUCCGCCUGACCAACUGCUCCGUAGCCAAUAACACAGCCCGUGUUGACGGCGGCGCCAUCCGCGCCUCUCCUGGCGAGAGCUGCUGCGACGCCGCCGUCACGCUGCGCCUCGCGGGCGUGCAGCUUGCUGGAAACCAUGCGGAUGGACCCGGCGGCGCCAUCGCUGUUGCGAACCCCGCCGGCGCGCCCGGCGCCGCCGUGAGCGUGUUGGUGGAGCUGGACCGCUGCCGCCUGACCGGCAACAGCGCCGGUGUGGCGGACGGCGUCUACACGGGAAGUGGCGCCGGCGCCGGCGGGGCGGUAUUCAUGUGGUACCAGCCCGGCACUGCUAGCGCGUUGGUUGGCCCGGCUGCGGCCGGGAACACCAGCAGUGGCGGCAGCGGCAGCUAUGAGCCGGACAGGGCGGCAGCGUGCUUGCUGCGCGCAGUUGACUCUGUGUUUGACUCCAAUAAGUGUGAGGGCGGCCACGGCGGCGCACUGGCGCUGAUGGCCUGCGCAGUUGAGCUGGAUGGCUGUAGCAUGAGCUCAAAUGCCGCCGCGCUUAGCGGAGGGGCUGUAGCAGCGCUGCAGUCCGGCCGCAGCAGCGCCGUUGCGCGGCUGGCGGCGGCUGGCGGCGGGCCGCUGACGGCGACGUCCAUUGGCGUAGACUCGGGAUUGACCGGCGCGAGCGCGGAUGGGAUUGCAACAGCGGUGGCGGCGGCGCCCUUGGGGCACCACCAUCGUCGCCGGCGGUUGAGUCAGGAUGACGCCAGCGCAAGCAGCGGCGCUGACGAGGACACGCUUGGUGACGAGCCGGUGGAACCGCCCUUGGUGUCUCCACCCCCGCCAUUGUUCCCACCGCCGUCAGUCCCCGCCGUUAUCAGCAACGGCAGUAGCAGUGGCGCUGGGGGCACGUCGCCGCUGCCGUCCUGGUCUGCCGCGGUGGAUCCAAGCUGCGUGGUGUCGCGGUGGCGGGCGCUGGUGCGCAACUGCACCUUCCGGGGCAACACCGCGCAGCUCGAGUUCGGCGGCGCGCUGUACGCCGAGGCCGCAACCGCCGGUCAGAUCCUGUUGUACGGCAGCACACUGGAAGCCAACAAGGCAUCCAUCCAUGGCGCCGCCGCCUUCAUUGCGACUCAGGGCCGCUGCAGCGGCGCGGCGGCCAUUGACCUGACUGCCUCAGCAAACACGGCGUCAUUCGGAAGUGCCGGCGGCGUGUACGUGCUCGUGGGGCAGGCCGGCGCACGCGCCACCCUGCGGCGAGUGAACCUCACCGGCAACACCGCCGGCACGGGGGGAGGCGGAGGCGCGGUCGUGGACGUCCGCGUGGGCGGCGUGGCCUGGGUGGAGGGCCUGGUCGCGACCGGGAACAAGGCCAGCGGCGGGCUGGGUGGCGGGCUGCAGCUGCUCGGCGCUGGCACCUCACUCGGCAGUAGCAGUAGCAGCAGCGGCGGUGGCGCAGAGCUGCAGCUGUGGGGCAGCCGCCUGGAGGGCAACACGGCAGCAGAGGGGGGAGGGGGCUUGGCGGCGUCGGCAGGCUGCGGCGCGGUGCUGGUGGUGCGCGACUCGGCGCUGACGGCGAACCGCGCGGGGGGUGCUGCCGGCAGCGGCGCCGUGGGCGAUGGCGGCGGGCUGCACCUCACCUACCGCGACGCCAAUGGUGCUGCUGGUGGCGCUGCUGCUGGUGAUGCUGCUGCUGGUGGUGGUGCUGCUGCCGCCGCCGCGGCGGGCACGGUGCGGCGCCUGACGGCCAUGUCCUGUGCGGACGGCGCCGCCGCCAGUGUGUACGGACUGGAGCUGCGCGGGAACAGCGCUGCGGGCCGGGGCGCCGGGGCCUACGUGACGCCGGGCAGUGCCGCCGUCGUGCAGCGGUUGGUUGUUUCCGCCAAUGCGGCGGCGCUGGCUGGCGGCGGGCUGGCGGCGGUUAACUGCUCGUACCUGGCAGUUAGCGACGUGGCGGUGGAGGGCAACAGCGGUGGGGGCGUGUAUGUCGACGGCUGUGCGCGGCUGCUGCUGCAGUCAGCCAACGUGAGUGGCAAUGCGGCCGGCGUGGCCAGUGCCAGCAAUGCGGCCGGCGGUGGGCUCUUCAUUGGUGGCGGGCAAGGCACUGGCAGCACCAGUGUCGGCAUCAGCGGUGGGGCUGCUGCAGACGUCCUUGGCUUCAGCACCGCGGUGUUGCACCGCGUGCUGGUCUGGAACAACACCGCCCGCAGCAUCGCCAGCGGCAGUAGCAGCGACAGCAGCAGUAGCAGCAGCAGCAGCAGCAGCAGUAGCGGCUCAGCAGCAGCUGCCUCCCUGGGCGCGGGCGGCGCGGUGUUUGCUGCCGGCCAGGUGGCGGUGGCUCUGAGUCAGUGUGACCUGGCACGUGGCAAUGCCGCCGUACUGGGCUCCUCGCUGGCGACCACACAGACCUGCGCCGCCGCCUCGCGGCCCCCUGCGGCUGCUGGUGUGCGGGCGUUACUGGCGCCGAACGCGACAGCCGCCAGCGCCCACCCGGGCGUGCUGCAACCAUGGGCGGUGGCAUGGGCGUGGCUCGACCUUGCGGCGCAGCAGGACUGCUGGGCGCUGGUGCUGAGCGACACCAUUCUGCCUAGGAGCGGCAGCAUCAGCAGUGGGGCUGCUAGCAGCGAUAACACCAUUGCUGGUAAUGCCGUGGACGGCAGUAGCACGGGUGUGGCGCAGCAGCAGCCGCUGUGGUUGUCGGACCAGACGGCGGCGGUGCUACAGCCACGCUGCUCGUCAGACGCGGGCGCUCUGGUUGGGCUGAGCGGGGAGGAGGCGGCAGCCAAUGCGAGGACGACUCCCGGCUCAGCAGUGGGUGGCAUUCGCACAGCGGUGCAACGGCUGCUACAAGCCGCCAACGCGUCUGCUUUCGCAACGGUGGCCUCCCCGCCGCCGCCCUUUCCACCAGUUCCGCCACCGCCCGCUCCAGGCCUGGGCCCUGGCGACCCGACCGGCGGCAGUAGCAACACCAGCAGCGACACCAGCAGCAACAACAGCAGCAGUGGCAGCAGCACUGGCAGUAGCAGUGGCAGUAGCAGCUGGCUUGGCUCGCGCUACAGCUCGUUGAUGUCCUCGCUGGCGGCGUGCUGGGACGGCCCCGCGCUCUCGCCUGUGGAGCGCCAGCAGGCGGCGGCGGCGCUGGCCAGCAGCGGCGGGUACCUGGGCCUGCCGCCCACCCGCCUGGGGCUGCUGCCCAACGUGGGCUUGGCAGCCGCCGAGCUUGAGAGGCUCGGCUUUAGCAGUGGCGGCAGUAGCAAUGGCGUCAGCGGCAGUGGCAGCAGCAGUGGGGCGCAGCCGCAGGCGUGGGGCUCGCUGACGUUGCGGCUGCGCCCGGGCGAGUCGUUCGAUGUGGCGGUGCGCUUGUAUGACAGGUUCGGGCAGCCCGUCACCAGCGACGCCUCAGCCUCAACUGUUACGCUGGAGCUGGUCCCGCAGCCGCCCGGCGGCGGCACCUUCAGUGCCGCAGCUGCAGCGGCUGUAGCAGCGGCCGGGCUAAACGGCAGUAGCAGCGACAAUAGCAGGCCCUGGCUGAACGCGUCCAUUGCGUUCCUGGACCCGGGCGUCAACAAGAGCCUUAUCGCGCCCGUGGCGGCUGGUGUGGCCAGCUGGCGGCGUGUCACUGCCAGCGGCUGGCCCGGCGCCUACCUGCUCACCUUCACGCUGACGUCACCUGGCGGCCGCGGCUCCAGCGUCUCAGGCCAGGAGGAGCAGCAGCAGGUGCCGCCGCUGGCGGUGGCGACGCAGCUGCUGCCGUGCGCGCAGGGCCAGACGCUCGACCUGUCCCUGGCGGAGAAGGAGGCGGCGCCCGCCUGGACCUCAUGCGCGGCCUGCGGCACAAACCAGUACGGCCUGUGGGAGGAUGUACGGCCCAGCAUCACCGCGAAUGUGUACGACAUUCCGCAGUACCUGCGCGCGAUGCGGGACGCGGCGCGUGAGGCGCGGGACGGGCCGGCCGCGUGCCUGACUUGCCCGGCGGGUGGCGUGUGCCCCGGCGGCGCGGCGCUGGUGCCGGAGGAGGGCCGCUGGCACAGUGCACCAAACUCGACCCAGAUUCACGACUGUCCAAACCGGGCUGCAUGCGGCGGGACCAGCAGCGGCGGUGGCUCGAGCAGCUCCAGCAACUUCUGGGGCAGCAGCUCAGUGCUGCUUAGCACAGGCAGUAGCAGCAGCAGUGGCAGUAGCGACAGCGUUGCAGUCGGGAUGCCUGUGUCCGGGCUGGGCGCCCGCACCCUGCACCUCAUCCGGUGCCAGCAGGCCUGGUACAAUUCCUGGCCUGCGGGUUCGUCCGUCCGCCGUGCCUACUUCCUCUCAUCCGCCAACGCCGCGAGUACCACUGGCGUAACCGGCACGUCGGCGGAGGGCUCGGCGGCUCCAACGGCACUGCCAGCGUCGGCACCGGCACCGUCAGGCGCGGCGGUGCCGGCCGCGGUGUCCGAGGCCUGCCUGCUGUGGGGGCUGCCGGCCAGCCACCCCGACGGCUACAUGCAGCAGCUGUGUGCGCCCGGCUACACCGGCAACCUGUGCGCAGCCUGCGUCUCCGGCUUCUACAUAGACACGGACUUCAACUGCAACCCGUGCCCGCCUCUGGGUCAGACGCUGGGUCUGGGGCUGCUGGCGUUCGCAGGCAGCGUGAUCCUUGUGCUCUUUACCGCCGUGGCAAACUUUGCCGAGGGCUUUGCGGAGGACGCGGAGGAGGAGGCCAUGAACGCUAGUGUCAAGCUGGGAGCAGAGCUCAAGAUCAGCGAAGAGGAAGAAGAGGAGGAGGAGGAGGUCGAGGAGGAUGUGGACGGGAAGCAGGAUCGGCCGCAAGGUGCGGGUGCUGCGGACUUUCAGAGGCCCCCGCCCAACUUUGGUAUGAGGAUACCGUCGCCUGCUGGUCUGGGGGCGGCUGGAGCAGGGGCUCCUGGCAUGAGAAGGAGGCUGCCCGGCUCGGCCUCGGCAGCAGGCCACAACGGCACAGGCGGCGCGUGGGGUGGCAGCACCGGGCCGGGUCCUGUCGGGGAGGGUAGCGAGGACGGCGAGGGAGGCGCGGCCGCACAGAUGGAGGUGCCGCCGCCUCCAGCCGAAGGCUUCCCGGUUGGCCCGCCGCACAGCCCGCUGCUCAGAGUGCACACGCGCAAGCAGCAGCAGCAGCAGCAGCUGCUGCCGCCUCCGCACCUGCACCUGCCGCCGCUGCCUGCCAGUCCGCCGUCGCCCUCCUCCGCCGCCAGCACGCCGCCGCGGCGGUCCGCACAGCUGCGGCGGCAGCAGCUGCUGCGCGCCGGCACCAGCAGUGUGCGGCGGCGGCCCAAGCGGUACCAUGCAGACCUGGGCGACAUUGUCAAGGUCAUCGUCUUGCACCUGCAGUACUUUGUGAUUGUGACCCGGCUGGACGUGGACUACCCGCACAUCAUUCCGCGGGUGCAGGCUGUGUUCGGCGCCAUCACGGGCGCGGAGGUGUUCCUGGUCUACUCGCCCUCCUGCCUGAGGCCGCAGCAGGGCAGCGCGGGCCAGGCGCGGCUGCAGCUGCUGGCGGGCCUCGCCACGCCCUGCGCCGUGCUGCUGGCGGCGCUGGGGCUGUGGGUCACCAGGUACCUGAUCAAGCACCCGCCCACCAAGGACGACAUACGGGCGUGGACCAACGCGCGCCUCGCGGCGCUGCGCCGCGCCUGCUCCGGCUCCUUCCCACCCUUUCAACGGUCCGGCGGCCCUGGCGAGCAGCACGUGUACGAUGACGCGGACCUGCAACGCUUGUCUCCCGGCGGCGGCGGUGGCGGCUUGUUAUCGUACCCGAGCGGCGGUAGCAGCUUCUACUACGGCUUGCCCCUGCAGCUGCAGCAGAUCUCUCGGCCGCGGUCCGGCAGCCGAGCUGCAGGUGCUGCGGCAGCAGCACCGCGGCCGCUGGCGCCGACUGACCAGCUGCUGCCCAUCCCGCUGCAGCCGUCGCACCGGGCCGCGCUCGGCCGCGGCGGUAGCUUGGGCCUGCGCAGCGCCUUCCGUGAUGUGCAGGUCGUCAACCUGGACCUAGAGUCCGCUGAGGACUUCCCACAGCCCACGGGCACAUCCGGCACAGAAGCCGCCAGCGCAGUUGGGCCAGCGGGCACAGCGGCGACGGCCGCCACAGCUGCGGCGGCCGACGCGUCCGCCGUUGCUGCAGCCGCGGGGCGGCUACUGUCCGUGCGUGUUGGGAGCGGUCGGGGUGCGCCACCCGCUUUGGGCUCUGGCGUUGCCUAUGCACACCGGACAUCAGGUCAGCUACAGCCGCGGCCCUCGGCCACACGGCAGCAGCUGCGCCAACAGCGCUCAGGCUCAAUCCGGGCCGCAGGACUGUCAAACACGGCUGCGAAGGGCCGGAGGUCCGCCGACGGGCGCAGCAGCGACGGCUCGCGAACGGGCGCGCCCGCAGCUGCACCAGCCGCGCCGGCAGUAGCACCCAUUGACGAGCUGUCGCCCUUCACACACGGCGGCGCACAGGCCCGCGCGGCCCUGCUGGCUGAGAGCUGCCCUGACACGCCCCACGCCGUGCGCCUGGCCUCUGGCCUAGCAGCCAACUUCCUGGACUUCUGUUCCAGCAGCAGCCUGGAGCACCUGGUCACAGGCAGCCGGCCCUCUGCCAGGAGCACCGCCGCCGCCAUGGCAGAUGGAGCACCAAACGAGAGGGCCGCAGCAGCGCUCGCCGCACCGGGCGCCGGCAGCGCGACUGGCGCUACUGGCGGCAGCCAGCGCGGCGACGCCGCCGCUGCAGAGGCGGUGGCGGGCGGUGGCUGUGCGCUGGUCAGGGGCUGGGAUGUGGAGUUGGUGCCGGCGGACUCGCCCGGAGAAGAGGACGCCGCCGGGGUGUCAGCUGGCGUGGGGCAGGGCGUGGGUACGGGCGGCGUGCUGGCGGGAGCACUGCGGCGAGUCAGCCGGCCGCUGUGGCGGCGCACGCGCCAGCGGCAGCUGCGGCUGCAGCAGCAACAGCAGCAGCAGCAGGCCUUGCAGGAGGCGGGUGCGGUGGAUGCGCUGGAGUGGGAGGACGCGGGUGCCGCGGCGGCAGCGGCAGCGGGCGCAGGCGGCCCGGAGUGCAUUGACGGCGCCCUUGUCACGUGCCCUCCGUCCCGAGCCCAGCUGUCCAAGCAGCCCCAGGUGACCCAAGUGCCGCAGAAGCGCUGGCAGCCGCACCACCGCGAUGGGCAGCAGGGGCUGCUGGCAGGCGACGUCGUAGACCACGGGCCCUUCGCGGCCGCGGCCGCCGUCACCGGCACCUACUCCCGCACCGCGUCAGGCAUCAGCGCUGUGGAGCCGGUGGGCGCUGCCGCCACCACCACUGACACCGCCCAGCUGAGCGACGAGGCGGACGACGGAGGCCAUCUGGGCGUUGGAGGGGGCGGCGCGGCCGCAUCACAGCCCGCGCCUGCGGCUCUGUUGGAGGUGGCUUUGCUGGGUGAGCCGGGCGAGGAGGACCACUCUGGGCUGGAUGAGGCGGCAGUGGGGGCCCAGGUGGCGCCGCCGCGGCUCGGGAGUCAAGUGGGGUCGCCGCAGUGGCAGUCGCUGUCGGCGGCGCCGUCGUCGCAGCGGCCAUCAUUGCCGCUGAGCCUCGCGAGCCGGCCGUCGGUGACCAUCACAACGCCCCAACCCGCGGCACAGCGCACGAGUGCCGAGCUGAUCGGCUCAUCUCAUUCGGGGAAGCCGCUCCGAGGCAUUCUCAAGGCCGGCCGCGACAGCGGCACCCUUGGCAGCUGCAGCGUGGCGGCUGUGCCACCCCGGCACCGGCCCGGCCUACUGCCUAACGCAUCCUCCGCCACCGGCCCUGACAACCUCCAGUUGGGCCUCGCCUGCGCACGCGGCAGGAGUGACACGCAACCGCCCGCGCCCACGCUGGGACUGGCGCCGUCGCUGCCCUCCGCCGCCUCGCUCUCCGGCGUCGGCGCCACCGCCCACAGCGCCGCUGCCCCACCUGGUCUGCCCCUCCGCACGGUUGUCAGCCACACGCUCCGCACACAGCCCUCCCGCCUCAGCCGCACGCCGCAGCGUCUGCAGCCUGCCUCAUCGUCACGGCUACCGCCGCAGCCCUCACACCCGCGGCCGCAGCGCGCAAGCGCAAGCGCGCUGCUUGGCGCCCGCGGCAGCACCGGCACCGACGGUGGCGGCACCAGCAGCGGUGGCGGUGGGGGCGGCGCACUGCUGCCGCUGCAGCACUCCAUAUCCGCAUCACGGAUUCGCGGCUCCCGUUCUUCGCGGGCCUCUCUGAGUGAGGCGCUAAGCACGCUCAACAAGCUGAGGUCCCGCGCCUUCUCUGCGAUCGAGCCGCGCCUCACCGGCCGCGCCACACUCAAGCGGGUGGACCAGCAGCUGACGCUGGUGGCGCAGCUGGGUAUCGUGUUCUUCGCAGCCGUGUUCAUCCUGUACCCAGCAUGGGCACACACAGCUCUGUCGGUCUUCGCCUGCUACGAAAUCGACGACGGGACCGGCCCUUUCCCUGAGGCGCAGCAGGCUGCCGGGUCGUACUGGGUGCGCGACAUGAAGCAGGCCUGCUACUCCGGCACCCACCUGUCGCUGUACGUGCCGCUGGGGGUGGCGGCGGUGGCUGUGUUCUGCGCGGGGCCGCCCGCAGCAGCCUUCUUCUUCGUGUGGCGCAUCCGACACCGCCUGGAGGAGGAGCACAUACAGCGCAUGUUCGGCUUCCUCUACAAACGUUACAAGCCGCGCUUCAUCUGGUGGGAGAGCAUGCUGAUGCUGGAGACGCUGGCGCUGGUGGCCGUCGAGGUCCUGGGCCGCAGCCUGAUUGUGUCGUACCAGGCGCUGCUGCUGCUGGCUGUGUUCAUAAUGAUCGCGGCCGUCAACAUCUCCUGUUCGCCGCUGCGGGCCCGCAUCCUAGUCAUGAUGGAGUUCAUGUCGCUGGCCACGCUCAGCCUGACCAUCACCCUCAGCCUCUAUUUCUCUGUGGAGCAGGGGCUGCAGCCCAGUGCCCAGACUGCGGUGGCUGUGCUCAUCAUCCUGCUCAACGUGGGCCUGCUGGCCUUCUUCACUGCCGUCGUCACGCGCAAGGCCUGGGGCGGCGUGGAGGCCUGGGCGGCGCCCCGCAUGCGCGCCGCCGGCGGCUGGGUGGCUGCGCGGUGCUGGACACCCGCCGCCGAUGGUGGCGGUAAAGGUGGAGGUGGAGGUGGAGGUGGAGGUGGCGGUGCAGGUGCAGGUGGAGGUGGGGGUGGCUGCGCCCCCUGCUGGCGGGCUGCGCCCCUCGACGCCGGAGCGCAGCAGCACCAGCAGACGCAGCUGCACCUGUACCCGGGAGGAGCGCCGCCCCCUCCGCCAGCGCUGCUGCCGCCGCUUGGACUCUGGGCGCGGCUGUUGCCGGGGAGCUCGGGUGGCCUUCGCCGGGGCAGUGUGACAGCCGCUGGAGAUGACGCCGGUGCUGCUGGUGCUGCAGGGAGGGUCAGCAAUGCGAGGGUCAGCGACGAGGGCAAGUUUGGUGGCAGGGCCAGUGACGGCAGGACCCCCGGCGACACGGGCGAUGGAAAGGACAGCUGCGGCAGCUGCGAAUCUGCGGCAGCCAGGCGUGGUAGCGGCAAUGCUGCCUCUGAUGCUGGUGCUGGUGCUGCUCGUGCGACGAGCGCAGCGGACGCUGUCAAGGCAAUGGUAGUCUUUUGCGGCGGCGGCGGCAGCGGCGGCGGCGGGGUGCCGGGGUCCGGGGUGGAUGACGCACUCGUCAUCUCCCUCUACGGAAUGGCAGCACCUGGCCGCGUAGCUGCUGAGGCCCCGGCCAGUGUCGCGGCCACAGCCCCUGCUACAGCCGCCGCCAACAACACGCCUGCCGCAGCCAUGGCUGUGCCGAGGGCUGCGGCCAGCGCGGCUGCUGCGAGGAGCAGAGAUGCGCCGUCGCCCUCCCCCGCAUCCGCUCGCGUAACAGAGACAGGCGACGUCAAUCUGACGUUUAUGGACACGACAGAGCCUGCUGCUGCUGCCGCCGCUGCAGUCAGUGUCGGUACCUCCUCCUACCCAAGUCUUGGGCCCAACCCUGAUGCGGCAAUGGCCAUGUCUGCACGGUCGGCACCGGCAGCUGCCCGACCUGCACCGCCACCGCCGCCGCUGGCGGGUGUGGCGCUUGGAAGCGACGAGGAAGAGGACGAUGAUGACGGCGCGGGCCACAGCCCGGGCGACAAUGACGUGGAUGCGAGGGGCAGACCGCAGCUGCAUGUGGAGAGCUGGGAGGAGGACAAUGCGGAACCGGCACUGCCGCUGCUGCCGCUGUACGCCACUGUACAGAUCUUGAACGGCCGCCACACCCGCAGCGGCAGCGCCCGCAGCCAUGUGGUGAGCAGGAGCUUGUCGGGCUGCUCGCUGUCGAGCCACGUGUCCUCGCUGUCAGCGGUGAGCGAGGGCGCACUGGAUGACGCGGGGUACGGGGGUGCUGGCGGCAACGGGGGAGAGAAGAACGACGUGGCGCCUGCCGCCAGCAGUGCAGCGGCAGCAGCACACGCAGUGGGCGGUUUCAAGGGCACCGGCACCAGCAGCGGCAGCCGGGCACGCGGCGGCGCCUCGGCCGCUGGAGGGAUGGGCGUGGGCAAAGCAACCGCCACAACGGCACCAGCUGCGCACGAGUCGGCGCCGGCACAGUCGGCAGCCGCCGCAUACGCCGCUGAUGCCGACGCCGCCGCGCACGGUCGCACACGUGCCGCGGAACUAGUUUGGCACCAGAACCUGGCGGCGGCACUGGAGUCGGGCGGCGGCGUGACUGCGGACGAUGCGCUGACGACGAGCACUGUGCUGUCGGAACAGGAUGUAAGCCAGGCUGUGGAGGAGGGUGAGGGAAGGAAUGGUAGGCAAAUCAGCAAUGCAUCCUAGCCCCCGCUGGAGCAGCACCAGCGCAGACGCAAGAGAUUUAGAUGGCGGUGAGGGCAGCAAGCUUUUUGGCAGGGUGGAGGUUCGGCUUACUUGACUUGGUGGUCCGGCUUGGUUGAGCACCGAGUAGUUAUGAUGUACUUUGCGUAAGCGUCUUGUGACCACAUGAUAACGUCUGUCUGCCAGGAGGAGUCAGGCGGGAGCAGUCUGCUGUCCAUGCUUGUAACACCUGACUCUG